AUGGGUCUUUCACCAUUCAUCUACUAUAUUUUUGGAUCAGUGGCUUUGAUAGCUUUGCACAAAGGACCUCCAGUCUUCAAUGAGCAGGAACGUUACCGUAUGGUGGAGGGAAUCAAAUGGGUUGUUGAAGACGCUCCCUAUGUUACAACUGUUGAGACUCUGAAUCGCUACGAUUGCGAUUUCUGCGUUCAUGGAGGUAGAGCUUGUUCAAGUGCAUGUUGGAAUCAUCCGAAAAGCACCUCUCUUAUGCAUGCCUUGUGCCUUAGGAGCCAAAUUUUAGACGACAUCACACUUACGGCAGAUGGAAAGGAUACUUACGAUGAAGUGAAGAAAGCAAAACGCUAUCGAGAAUGCAAACGCACCGCUGGGGUGUCGACUACUGAUUUGGUUGGAAGGAUGCUGCUUUUGACAAAAUGUCACCACGUAUCCGAAGAGCAAAUGGAUGAGCACCGCGAAAGAGCGCGUACUUUGAGCACGGACAGUGUAGCCCUGUCGCCGUGGACGCGCGUAUCGCGCUUCAUGGCGACAACACAAACAAUCAUCGAGUUUGCUGAAGGGAGAGCUCCCAGGCCAACUGAUAAAAUAGUGUAUGUCUGCGGAGCCUUCGAUUUAUUUCAUAUUGGUCAUUUGUCCUUCCUAGAGGAGGCGGCAAAACUUGGCGACUACCUGAUUGUUGGAAUAUUGAAUGAUCAAGUAAUUAAUGAUGUGAAGGGGAGCAAUCAUCCAAUCAUGUCUCUUCACGAAAGAGUUCUUAGUGUUCUAGCAUACAAGCCAGUCAACGAGGUUGUCAUUGGAGCGCCAUAUUGUGUAUCUGAUGACAUCAUUGAGCGAUUCAACAUUUCGGUGGUUUGUCAAGGAAGUCGUGUCCCUCAUCAUGAUCGUUCUGGAAACGAUCCUUUCGAGGCGCCGAAACGGAGGGGAAUCUAUUGUGAAGUAGACUCGGGGAGUGACAUGACAACGGAAAAGAUUAUUGAGCGGAUAAUUGAGCACAGGUAUGUAUCAUUAGCCAUCAUUGGAACACUGGGAGUUUUCAGUAGGCUGUGUGAGUAG